UUGGCAGAGACAGUGCCGAGAGAGAAGUGGCGGUCGGUCGGUGGCAGUUCGAGUCUGUCGUCAGGUCAGGAAACGUGCGGCCAGAAUCUCUGUCUCGUUGGCAAACGUUCUCUCCACGAUCUACGUUUCCUUCCUUAUCUCUCAGUUCAGUUUCUCGCGAGCCGGAUGAAAAUUGUGCAAUCGAGGCCCUCGCUCACCACGCCUCUCAAUAUGGGUUAAACGCGGUGUUUCCUUCGAACGUGUGCACCCGACCAAGAUCAAACGCGAUCCGAUCGUACCUGUUGUGUGUCUCCGGGACUUGGCUUCGGCCGUGUGCUCUCUCUGUGAAAAUUUUUGUGAGUUCCAAGUCCGAGAGAUCGAACCAGCAUUCGAUUGCUCGGGUUGCUACUACGUUUUGUUUCGUUUCGUGCACGAUCCACGAGGGAAGGGAAUAUUUAAUUGUUCGUUGCAAGUAACCAGGAAAGGAAUACGCGGGUGUCAGUGUUGGUUUUUAUCGAAAUCGAAUGAACCGUGUGCAUCGGAGAAUAGCAUCGAUGAUAGCGCAACGAAACGCGGAUAAUGCGGCAACUACGUGACCGACCGAGCCAGUGCGAAAGAUCCAAAGAACCUCGACCUCCAAAGCACUUUGCCGACGGUGAAGGCCCUCCAGGAGUUUGCGUUCGUCCCGGAGGGACAAGAAAAAUUCAGGAAUGCGAUUCUGCUCGUUGCACUUGAAGGGUUGCGGUGCUGAAUAGUUCACGGAAUAAUUCGUUCGAUGUUUGCGAGCGAAAAGUCCACGAAAAGAUUCUUACGCCGAUGUACGAGAAACCGUUAAUCGAGACUAGACUGGAUCGAACGAAGAUCUUUGAAUCGCGAAGAGUCGAAUGUUCGAUUUUAAAACGCUUCCCUUAUCUGCAUAAAAUUUACCUGGAUGUCACGGAUACCAUGGUGUAGCAUAGUAUUACGUAGAAACAUAUGAAAAACCAAGUACCUUGCAACGUACCAAAUAAAUCAAUUUUGCUAAAGAAUUUUUUAAGAAAACUUGAAAUAAUUAAACGCGGAGGACGUUCGAAAUUUACAAAGGACUGGCCCUUUCGUUUUCACGAAAGACAAAAGGGAGGGGGGAGGGGGGAAGAAAAUCGAUCAGCAGAUAAAUUCUGCUAAAUCGUUCGUAGCCGAGAGAUCAGCGAAAGAACAGCCAAUACCUGAAAGAGUUGUCGGGGGUUGUACGUGCAACAAGUUAGAGGGGAAGCACGUGACUGUUGGCUGCUAGAGCAAACACAUCCGAGAGACAUAGACAUAGAUAAAGCUCGGAAGCGACGACCGCGAAAUCUUUAGAUACGCGCGCCGCAAGGAAACAUAUUCAUGUUCUCUCGUUCUCUCGAGUUCGAAGAGACUGAUUCGAAAAAUAAAGAAGCGUGCCGCGCGAGAGACUCGAAGGGCGUCUUGUCGCCUAUGCCACGCAUUUCGGGAACAUGUAGCAACCUGCUCGAGCUUCCCCUAAGCGAUUCUGUACAGAGAAGGGUGUGCAAAGCCUUGAAUGACUUUCCCAUUCUGUGGGUUUGUUCUCGACUCGUCCGACGAGAGGACGAGACAAAUGCCCGUCGCUUCGGACGAUUGGGUCCCGCACCCGGCUAAAAUAACCAGUUCCAUCACCACCGUCAAAGGUGCCACUAUCCAAAGCACAACCACAGCUUGGAUGUCGCCGUACAGCAGAGCAUCGCCAUCCGAACGCUCGACGUCCAACAACAACAACAACAAUAAUAAUGGAGUUGUUAUACUCGAAGGAUGUAGACCGCCCGCAGCCACCACUGCCAGAAGGUUUCUCAGGUGGUUCAGCCGACUUGGUCAGCCACCGAUCGGAAAAUCAGUUACUUCUUUAUGCUCCACGCUUUUUACAAAUGAAGUGUUGCAGAAGAGGAAAGAUGUCUAAAGAAACAAAGGAACU